UUCUCCAAUUAUAAAGAGAAUAACAUCUGCCACAUAUUUGAGCCAAAAAAAUACCUAAAACGAAGUAAAAACACCCUUUCUUAUACUUCAUUCUUAUCAUAAAAAACGAGAAAUGGCUCUUCAAAACGUUCGUGAUAAAGAUACGAGCUUCUUGUUAUCCAGUGAUGCGAAACCGAGAUUGAAAUGGAAUCAAGAACUGCACGAAAGGUUUGUCGAUGCAGUUAAUCAGCUUGGAGGUGCAAAUAAGGCUACACCGAAAUCCUUAAUGAGGGUGAUGAGCGUUGAAGGACUAACUUUGUACCACCUCAAGAGUCAUUUACAGAAAUAUAGGAUUGGAAAGAAUCAACGAUCGCAGUCCUACUACGAGGAUAAUGAACAAGAAAACUACAGAGAUAACAAGAGUCACUUCUCUAGAAGGAAUUGUGACGGAGAACAGAACCAGAUUAAUGAGUUGUGCUUUAUCAGAGAUUUGCAUGUAGCUCAGGCUCUACAAGUGCAAAUGGAGGUGCGGAGGAAACUUCACGAACAAAUUGAGGUACAAAGGCAUUUGCAGCUGAGAAUUGAGGCACAAGGAAAGUAUCUACAAUCAGUCCUGAAGAAAGCACAGGAAAAACUGUCUGGAUAUUGUUUUUCCUCUACUGAAGUUGAACAAGAAAAAGCUCAACUUUCUCAAUUAGUCGCGAUGGUUGACACUGGAUGUCUAAGUCCUUCAUUAUCCGUUUUGACAGAGAGUGAAGGCUUAGUUUUAAAGAAUGCAAAGAAUAUACUACCAACACAUACCGGAUGCUCACUCGAGAGUUCCUUGACAUCAGCUGAGAGCUCGGGUAGAGAGGAAGAAACUCGUCCGAUUCUUGACUUUGAUGACAACGAGAAGAAAAAUGUUUCCAAACCCUGUACAAGGAAGAGGGAUUCCGUUGUGCUCUCGCUGAUGGAAAUGCAUCCGGCAGAAAAGAGUGGAUCAGAGAGUGAAGGUAGCAAAAUCAAAAGGAGUAGAAGUAAUAUUUAUGAUGGUAAUUCUAUUGAGCAAUCAUCAGGUAAAAGAUCAGAAGGGCACAGAAGUAAUGAACAAUCGAGAAAGUGUGGAUUAUUGGAGAGAUUUGAUUUGAACACCAAGUUGCUGACAGAGUUCGAUUCAGGUUCAAAAGCAAUAGACUUGAAUCGCAAUGCAGUUGAGCAAUAUAAUGGAAAUCUUUAGUGUAUAGAAACAGCAUUAAUUGGUACUAUUGGACCAUAAUAAGUAAUCAGUAUUGCAGCAAGAAUGACCCUUAGUCUAUGUACAUUGUUGUGUAUGGAUCACAAUGAAC